CCAGCGCCAUGAAUUCACUCCUGAUCCUCGCCUUGGUGGGAGCCGCUGUUGCUUUCCCCUUUGACGAAGAUGACAAGAUCGUCGGGGGCUACACCUGUGAGGAGAAUUCCGUACCCUACCAGGUGUCCCUGAACUCUGGCUACCACUUCUGUGGUGGUUCCCUCAUCAAUGACCAGUGGGUGGUGUCAGCAGCUCACUGCUACAAGUCCCGCAUACAGGUGAGGCUGGGCGAGCACGACAUCGAGGUCCUGGAGGGAAAUGAGCAGUUCAUCAACUCGGCCAAGGUCAUCCGCCACCCUGGCUACAACAGCUGGACCCUGGACAAUGACAUCAUGCUGAUCAAGCUCUCCUCGCCUGCGGUCAUCAACGCCCGGGUGUCUGCCAUAGCUCUGCCCACUGACUGUGCACCUGCUGGCACCCAGUGCCUCAUUUCGGGCUGGGGCAACACCCUGAGCAAUGGUGUCAACUACCCAGACCUGCUGCAGUGCCUGAAUGCACCCCUGCUCAGUCAGGCUGAGUGUGAAGCUUCCUACCCCGGGCAGAUUACCGAGAACAUGGUCUGCGCUGGCUUCCUUGAGGGAGGCAAGGAUUCCUGCCAGGGUGACUCUGGCGGCCCCGUGGUCUGCAAUGGAGAACUCCAGGGAGUCGUCUCCUGGGGCUAUGGCUGUGCCCAGAAGAACAAGCCUGGAGUCUACACCAAGGUGUGCAACUUCGUGAACUGGAUUGAGGAAACCAUAGCCGCCAACAACUAAAGACUCACUCCCCCAGCUCCUCUGUGGUCACUAUGCCAAUAAAGCAGUGACUUUGCUCUCAC